GCAAAACAUGAAUCAGGGAUACGGUUGAAAUAAGAAACGGGAACUUGUUCUUACAGUAGUACACGUACGAGUAGUGUAGUCUCAUCCACCCAAGUACCUUUCAGAAGCCCCGGAAGCAGCCACGUCCCAACCUGGAACCUGACCUAGCCACAAAACACGUGACCAUGCUUCUGGAAAUUCUUGAACCAGCUGUUCCCAUGAAUUCCAUCCCUAAUCUGAGCCCCUCCAUCCACCAAUCUGUCUUUCAUCAAAACAAUGGCCCAUACAUAAGUCACUAUACACCUUAAACCAUCAACACUCCUUACCAACUCCCAUUGCGAAUCUUUACCACUUCCCCUGACCGUCUUGUUGACAAGGCGACAUCGACAUCGACAUACACACCCACCUCCACAUCCUCAACAAUGAGUGCCUCCUCGAGAAUCGUCCGCAAUGCGGCGCAAACGUCUUUCAUGACUGGUGGUGAGUAUAUUCUCUUCCAAUGGCCUAUUAGGAACCAGUAAGCUAAUCCUCAUCUCUAGCCCGAGCAUACCCUCGAAAUGGUCCCUCUUCAGCAUAUACAGCAUUCCUUCGUCGCAAUGCCCGAAACUUGCCAGCUAAUAUGCCAGCGUUGGCGAUCCUAAUCCCCCAUCGAGGAGUUUCAACCGAUACACAUACCUCAGGAGUACCACACUCAGGGCCACCUCCUGGAUUCAAUGCUAGCCAAGCCAAAAAGCCGCUCAAGGAUACCAACAUCUCCACAAAUGCGCCAAACAAAGCUGCCGCCAGUCAAGCCAAGGAACACGAGGUGGCUUCGGUUCCAUCAGAUGUAGCUACAGGAGUCUCAAAAACCGAUGCCACGGAAGCCGUUAGUCUGAGCGAGUUGGCAGGCGUCAAGGCGGCAGAAGAUAAGGAGGUCAAGAAGGCAGAGGAGAAGAAGUUGACCUUGGGUCAGAAGAUCACAAAAGAGGCACAGCAUUACUGGGACGGAACGAAAUUGUUAGCAACCGAAGUCAAGAUCAGUACUCGAUUGGCGGUCAAGAUGGCUGCUGGUUACGAACUCAGUCGAAGAGAACAUCGUCAAUUACAACGAACAGUCCAGGAUAUCGGACGAUUGGUUCCAUUCUCGGUCUUCAUCCUCGUACCUUUCGCCGAGUUAUUACUUCCUGUCGCUUUGAAAUUAUUCCCAAAUCUUCUCCCAAGUACAUAUGAAGGGCAAAAGUCAAAAGACAAGAAAGCCGGAGAUCUUAGAGCCACCCGAAAGGAUGUCAGCAAUUUUCUCCGCAACACCUUGAAGGAAACAGGCCUUCCUUUGACUGCUGCAAAUGCACAGAAAGAGGAAUUUACACAAUUUUUCCGAAAACUUCGAUCAACUGGAGAAUCUCCAUCGGCAUCAGACGUCAUCAAGGUUUGCAAGAUCUUUAAGGAUGAUUUGACUUUGGACAAUCUGUCAAGACCACAACUUGUCGGUAUGUGUCGAUACAUGAAUCUCAACACUUUCGGUACAGACAUGAUGCUUCGAUACCAAAUUCGCCACCGUAUGAGACAAAUCAAGAGAGAUGAUCGUGCCAUCAGCUACGAGGGUAUCGACAGCCUAUCAGUUCCAGAGCUUCAAGUUGCCGCGCAAAGCCGAGGUAUCCGCACUCAUGGUGUAUCACCCGGUAGACUACGUGACGACCUUCAAUCCUGGUUGGAUCUUCGUCUCAAAUACGGUGUACCAUCUACCCUUUUAGUGUUGAGCAACGCAUUCAUGUACGCCCAAGGCAAAGAUAGCGAGUUCAACACUCAGAUUGACGCCUUGACUGGUGUCCUCUCCUCCAUUCCUGAGGAGCUCUUCCACGAGAUUGAACUCGAGGUUCAUACUGCCGAGGGAGCUGCUACUAAUAAACAACGUCUUGAGGUUCUGAAGGAGCAACAAGAGUUGAUUGAAGAGGAGAACGAGCAAGAUCAGAACAAUAAAGAUUCUGGUCGUGCUACCCCCAGAGAUGACGAGGAUAUUGAUGAGAAAGAAGAGAAGAGAGAAGCUCAAGCCGCAUCCGGGAAACAGGAGCAAGUUAAUGAGGCAGUUGAGGCAGAGAAGGAAGGGAUCAAGGCUAAGAAGCAAGAGGAAAAGUCCAUUUAG